GCCGGCGGCGCGGCGGCGGCGGGCGGCGAGCGGGCGAAGAUGGCGGAGCUGGGCAAGAAGUACUGCGUGUACUGCCUGGCCGAGGUGAGCCCGCUGCGCUUCCGCUGCACCGAGUGCCAGGACAUCGAGCUGUGCCCCGAGUGCUUCUCGGCCGGCGCCGAGAUCGGCCAGCACCGCCGCUUCCACGGCUACCAGCUGGUGGACGGCGGGCGCUUCACGCUCUGGGGGCCGGAGGCCGAGGGCGGCUGGACCAGCCGCGAGGAGCAGCUGCUGCUGGACGCCAUCGAGCAGUUCGGCUUCGGAAACUGGGAGGACAUGGCGGCUCACGUGGGCGCGUCCCGGACGCCGCAGGAGGUGAUGGAGCAUUAUGUGAGCAUGUACAUCCACGGGAACCUGGGCAAGGCCUGCAUCCCCGACACCAUCCCCAACCGCGUGACGGACCACACGUGCCCCAGCGGGGGGCCGCUGUCGCCCAGCCUCACCACGCCGCUGCCGCCGCUCGACAUCUCGGUGGCCGAGCAGCAGCAGCUGGGCUACAUGCCGCUGCGUGACGACUACGAGAUCGAGUACGACCAGGACGCCGAGGCGCUCAUCAGCGGGCUCUCGGUCAACUACGACGACGACGACGUGGAGAUCGAGCUGAAGCGCGCCCACGUGGACAUGUACGUGCGCAAGCUGCGCGAGCGCCAGCGCCGCAAGAACAUCGCGCGCGACUACAACCUGGUGCCCGCCUUCCUGGGCCGGGACAAGAAGGAGAAGGAGAAGGCCCUGAAGCGCAAGAUCCCCAAGGAGGAGAAGGAGCUGCGGCUGAAGCUGCGGCCGCUCUACCAGUUCAUGUCCUGCAAGGACCUGGACGACCUGUUCGAGAGCAUGCACAAGGAGAAGCUGCUGCGCGCCAAGAUCCGCGAGCUGCAGCGCUACCGGCGCAAUGGCAUCACCAAGAUGGAGGAGUCGGCCGAGUACGAGGCGGCGCGGCACAAGCGCGAGAAGCGCAAGGAGAACCGCGGCCUGGCCGGCUCCCGGCGCGCCAGGGAGGACGGCAGGGACGGCGAGUUCGCCGCCAUCGAGCACCUGCCGGGCUUCGAGCUGCUGUCCGACCGCGAGAAGCUGCUGUGCAGCUCCCUGGGCCUGAGCCCGGCGCGCUACGUGACGGUCAAGACCAUCAUCAUCAAGGAGCACCUGCAGAAGCGCCAGGGCGUGCCCUCCAAGAGCCGCCUGCCCAGCUACCUGGACAAGGUGCUCAAGAAGCGCAUCCUCGCCUUCCUCACCGAGAGCGGCUGGAUCUCCCGGGACGCCGCCUGAGCCCCGCGCCGCCCCGGCCCCCCCCCCCCCCCGCGACCCCCGGCUGGAUCUCCAGGGACGCCGCCGCGCCGCCCCCUCCCGGCGUGACCCGUGCGGGGAAUGUUUCACGGUUGCGGAAUGGCCUUUCGUUUUGUGUGUUCUUCCUUUUAGGUACAGACUGUCGUGCCGCGGGCACAGGAGCCGGCAGCUCCCCUGGUGCCACCGAGCUGUGCGGAGCCGCGGCUGCCCAGGCGCGGCACCGGGCACGAGCACUUUACAGGAGGCCGCGGGCGAAGGCGGGAUGGCGCUUCCUUAGGCACCUGCUGGGCACGGCGACCGCACGGGCUUUCACCUGACCGCCGGCCGGCCGUCCCCUGUGCGGCCUCAUCCCCACACAAGGCACAGAGGAGGGGCACGCGCCCGUGGGCCCCCAGAGCCCCUCCGCUGGUCCGCCGGUCCCCCCAGGGGUGUGUGCAGUGCGGAAGAACACGACCUCCCAGGUUCGAGGCUGAGUUCUAGGUUCUGGCAUUGGCUUCCUCAGGAUUUUCAUCAGUUCCAAGUUCCCUUUUCGCUUAGGACGCCGGCCUGGCCAGUGGACAUCUGCGUGGCCGCCACGCUGGGCCGUGCUCCCCGGCCUGCACGCUGCUUCCCCCGCCUGCUGCUGUCUCCUGGGCCCUCGAGGACGGGCAGUGGCCUCGCCUUCGCGCCGCGCUGGAUGACCAAGCUACGGGGGAGCCAGAACGCCCCCUUCCAAGGACGACUUGAUUACGGUGCCUUUCCCUUCUCACAUCCUGUCCCCCAGGGUAGGACCUCAGCAUUAAAGAAGCAUUUCAGACCGGGCCUGCGUGCGGCAGAGCCCCGGGCCCCAGCCAUCCUGCGUGGCCGCGCAGGGGCCGCGAUGGGAGCAGGCCCGUAGAGGUGUGGGGUCCUCAGCCGGCUGCUGCGCUGGCGCCGUGGUAGGAAGUUUCCCUAGGCCUGACUGUUCAGCCACCACGAUGAAUGUAUCGUUAAUUUAUGUUGAAUAUUAACGCGUUCCAGGGGCGACCUAAGCUUAGGACCGGCUGCUCCUCCGCCCCGCAGCUGUCCGCCAGAGUCGCCCUGGGCGUUUUUCUACCUAAUUUCGUGACCCAUGGCGCCGCGCCCCUGGAGAGCCUUCCAGAAGGCAGCCCGGGAGAGAAGUGACUGCAGCCGCCUGCCGUGGCCCGCGUGGCCCGCAGGGCGCACUCUGCCGAGCGUUUUUACCCCCUUUUCCACAUUAAAGGAGUUGAGAACA